GAAGUUAAAAGCGGCAAGAAAAACCCGUUCCCCCCCUUCACCUGUGGAAAGACACGCGGCCCCUGCUGCCCUUUCCUUGCCGAUUGGUGCAAUUCGGCGCCGCGCAGCAGAUAACCAUGACCAAGCCCCUCCGCACACCGUACAACAAGAUGUCGGCUCGGCUGCAGCCACCGCAAACAGUCACGCAGCCACGUCCGUACAAAAACAUGGCGUCGCCCUUUCAACCGGAAGCGACCCGUCCGUACGGAAAACAACAACAACAACAAAAAUGUUUCCUCCCACAAACUGUUAUCUACAAUACAUUAUCAUCACCGGGGGGUAAAAUCAGGCGGAUUGGGUGACCUCCUUAUAGAUAAUGAAGAAAUAACGACAUAGAAACACCAUCCCUUAUUCCGUACAGCAACAUGGCGGCUUACAGCUGGCUGGGAACGCUUCCGUAUUUGCAUGCAUUCCCCCAGGGCUGGGAAGCGAGGCUGCUCGCAGUUGGCUGCCCCCGGCUUCCGUAGAGGCAGUGAUUGGGAUUGGUUUUCUGCUUGGUGUUCGUUAUAAGUGGGUGAAGUAGGAGGAAUGAUGGACGCAGGUGGGUCCCUGUGGUGGUUGACAGCUGUGCAGGUUACUGGGAAUAACAUGGGGUCAGGACUCACACACAGGGCUGUCUAACUCAGUGUCAAUUAUACCAUAUAGGCCAGACUGGUCACAUUAACAGCAUGUCUGAUCUGGGAAGGCUUCCAGCUAAGCUCCUGCUUCAAUAACUAACCAGUUAGUGUGUCACAACUUAUCAUAGCUGGUGCUGUGUACUAUGGCUCACACUGGGCUAUUAUUAUUAUUAUUAUUUAUAAUGGGCCUAUACCAAGGGUCCAUCAAUGUAACUUAUUCAGCAUUAAAUCCUAGACACUUUUAUUUAUUUAUUUUUUUAAAAUAAAAUAAACAUAUGGAAUAGUAAAAACUGCGCCCUUCUCGUAUUGUCUUCGUUUCUAAAAAAAAAAUAUCAAUAAUUUGUCUCUUCUAAUUUCAAUGUUAAUGCUGAUUUUAGCAAUAUUAAAAAAAAGAAAAUGUAUGUACAUUUUGUGUAAUCUGGUGUUAUGAUGCUUGAUGUAAACCUGAAAACUUUAAAUACAGCUUUUAAUUAAUUAAAUUAGACAUAGGGAAUGUGUGCCUAGACACUUAUAAAAGUUUUUUUUUAUAGUAGAACUGCACAGCAUAUAUUUGUGUGGAUAUGUGUAGGAAAGCUAACAAUUAUAUAUAUUUGAGGUUGAAAAUAAAAUGUUUUUUUGAAAGAGGUAGCUUUUUUUUUUUUUUUUGAAAGAAUUAUUCAGACCGUUAAUAAGACCGUGUGUUUUAACACCUAUAUUUUAUAUGUAAAAAGAUGACACACUUUUAGUCCUAAUUUGGUAACUGCAUAUAAUUUUUAUUUACCACAGCAACCCUCACCUAUGACACGCUGCGUUUUGACACCCCAGAUUUUCCUGAAACAGCAGAACCUGUUUGGGUACUGGGUCGGAAAUACAGUGCAUUGACAGGUACUGAUCUCUAAUUAACUCUUAAUAGGUGUAGUUACUAAAGUGAGCAUUGAUGGGAUUUAAAAGUGAUUUUCUAAUGUAAGGUCAAAAUAGCCAAAUUGGUGAAAAAAAAUGUCUUAAGUUGUUUGUGCUUCCAGUUCAGCUAAUUUGGUCUAAAAUAUAUUUACUUUGAAUUCCCAAAAAUACUCACUUCAGUUAAAUAACCCUGCUAAUAUAAUUAAUAUAUUUUUGUUCUUUUGCAUCUCUCAUACUUUUGACUAUUAACUGUCAUAAGAAAUCCAUGACCACUACAAACCAUCCGAAGCUUUCCCUAUGAUCCUAUAUCCCUAAAUAUUCUCAAUUUUUGUAUUUCUGUCCUAUAGACUCUCAUGUCUUUCAUCCCUAACCCAUAACAAGUUACCAUUCUUCCAACACACCAUCUAUCAUUGUUCUCUUUUCACCAUUUUUCAUUAAUCACAUCCACAUUUCCUUUUUGUUUCUACCUUCAUGUUGUCUUCUUUAAUGCAUUAUCCUUUUCUCUAAUCUAUCUACUUGUUUGUCUCUCUUAACAUACAUCUGCCUUAAUCGUGUGUUCUGUUAGCUUUCAUUACAUUUAUUUCCACAUUGGUCUGCCUUCUAUCCUUGUUCUUCCGUUACCAAUGUACUACUUCAGCUUGUCUUUCAUUGCAGAAAAGGAUGAGCUGUUGAAGGAUGUCACAUCCAGGCUCUGGUUCACUUACAGAAGAAAUUUCUCAGCAAUUGGUGGGUAGGAACUAAUACAAUAAUUUUUUUCAUUAUGUUAGAGUUGUGUAUGGCCAUUUACAGAGUUAAGCUGUGUAUGCCUAUCUAAACCUUUCCUGUAAGGUGCUGCCUUUUUUCAGCUAGUACAUUUGUUGGUGUUUGUAUCUUUUUUUCAGUCUUGUUACCCUCUUUAUGGUCAGUGACAAGCAUAAUAAUCUGUUCUGUCAUUGAAUGACCCUUUCGUGUAAUGACUACAGUACCGACAAUGCUAACUCUGCAAGGUAUAUUCCCUGUUUAUGUAGUCUUUGGUCAUUAAGCAUUUAUGAAGAUGGAGGGCCAGUCAAUGUUGGCGCAUAAUCAUAAAGUUAGACAUUGUUUUAUUCCAUUUGUUCCAGGAAAAGACCACUAGUGUCUCAUCUGCAUAUAUGAGCAGGAAAAAAAAAAGAGAGCAGGAAACUUUUAUUUUUAUUUUUUAUAAGUUUAUUUUUUUUAAAUCUAUAUUCCUGAUUUAUUUAUAUAUUCUAUUUUUAAUUUUUUUAUUCUGACUAGGAGGCACAGGACCAACCUCGGACACAGGCUGGGGUUGCAUGCUACGCUGUGGACAGAUGAUUUUUGCGCAAGCUCUUCUUUGUCGGCAUAUAGGACGAGGUAAACCGGUUUGGUCUAGUAUUCCCAGAUUAGAGGGACAUAUUGAACAUUGCAGGAUAUAUUAAGAUAGGAGCAUCUAAAUAUAUAGUUAAUUUAGAUCUCUCCGGAAUCUAGGGAAAGGUUAUGACUAAAUAUAAACGUUCACAAGCAAAUAUUAGUUGCAUAUAAAUGUUUUUGUUCACAGAUGUAGGUCCUUAAUUGAAACACAUGACCGUACUGUAUUUAUUUGUGAUUCAUCUUGGGAGUUGCCAGUUGAACUACUGUUUAUUUCCUUCCUAUGAUUUAUUAAAUAUACACUGCAGGAUGUACUCAAGCCAUUAUUUUGAAAUUAAUUAUAUAGAUCAUAUAUUUAAAAUGAAAAUUGAUAUAUCGCAUUUAUGUGUUAGGAAACCCAGGUUGUGUAGUCAGGCUGCGAGCUGUCCCAGUGGGUUUCUUGGAGUUGUAGUUUGGUUUCAGCUUUAAUACUAUAGAAAUCUGUAAGGUGAACUACAACUUGUAGAAACCUACGAGUGAACUUCUACUGCAAAAUUAUUAUUAUUAUUUUUUUUUUUUUUAAGAUUAAUUGAAAACAAAACCACCAAUCGAGCAUAUGUAACUGUAACCUAAUCUGCAAUUUGCAAGCACUGGUGCUUUUAGAGUGAACAUAUUUUCCCCAGUCUGUUUGCAGAUUAUUGGUAUGAUCUGAACUAAAUCUUUACUAAGUUAUAGUUGUGGUCAGAUACAAUAAGCAGAGUUAUAGUAAUAGUGGUAUAAGUCGGUUGUGGUGUGCCGGAACCGAUAUUUGGGUAGGCCUGUAAAAGAUGGCCCACCAAGAUGACUUGCUUAAUAAAGGGAGUGGUAGGUGGGCUGAACCAGCUGGUCUCAGCCCAGAGGAAGUAGAGGUCUUUGUAUUUAUAGGCUGCGUAACUCCUCCCACAACUACAGGCUUUGCUUAGCGGCUUAUCCUUCUCAUUUAUGGGAAUGUGUUAUUUCUCAUUUCAGUAUUGGAAAAUGCUAUUGCUUAGCCUUUCUAUUUAAAAGGUGACUCAAUAUAGGCCCCACCAUAGACCCAUGGGUCUAUGACUCACACUAUAUCCAAUGGCUCCUAUUAACUGUAGCAUGCCCUUCUAUUGUUGGAGGGAGAGAGAGAGGGUAUGUAUAUGUGAUAUAUAUAUUCCUUUUUUUUUUUUUUUGUCUGAGCGUGUGUGUAUAUGUAUAUAUUUUCUAUGUAUGUGUGUAUAUAUAAUAUUCUACACACAGUUUAUUCAGAUUCUUUCUGAAUGCAGUAAAAUACAGAGAUAUAUCCUUAACCCCUUAAGGACACAUGACAUAUGUGACAUGUCAUAGAAACAUAGAAUGUGACGGCAGAUAAGAACCAUUCGGCCCAUCUAUUCUGCCCAAUUUUCUAAAUACUUUUAUUAGUCCCUGACCUUAUCUUAUAGUUAAGAUAGCCUUAUGCCUAUCCCACGCAUGCUUAAACUCCUUUACUGUGUUAACCUCUACCACUACAGCUGAAAGGCUAUUCCAUGCGUCCACUACCCUAUCAGUAAAGUAAUACUUCCUGAUAUUAUUUUUAAACCUUUGUCCCUAUAAUUCCCUUUUAUUCCAGAAGUUUGGUCCUUAAGGGGUUAAAGGGACACUGUAGACACCCAGACUACUUUAUCUGAUUAAAGUUAUCUGAGUGCAGUGUCCCUGUUCCCUUAACCCUGCAAUAUAAAAUCUAAAGAGACAGCCACUGCCAGCACUUCCUGCAGUUUCACAGAGUCAAGCUCUGUGAAAUGACACUGGAUGUCCUCACGCGGAGGUCCAGCGUGUUGGAAAACCCCCAUUGAACAAAUGCUUUCCUAUAGGUAAGGAAUAAUGCGCAGAGCGUUUUCUGUGCAUGCACAUUAGGUUUCCCCCAUUGGCUGAUGCCAGAGGAAGAGGAGCAUAAACCAGCACAAGGGACAGCAGAACUGGAAUCAGAUAAUCGUUUGUUUAAUGGGUUAUUUAUCCCUUUUAUGGUGAAGGGAAGAGGGGGUUAGGGGGGAGACAUGGGGCAGAGGGACACUAUAGAGUUGGCAAUAAAGCUUUGUAUUCCUAACACUGUAGUGUCAUGUUUCAGUAUUCUUAUAAAGAUAUAAUCAAAAUAUACCAUAGGACAUAGCAGGGACUACUUUGUCUUAAGGUAGACCCUGUGUAUAUGUGUUAUCACUGCUAGAUUAACAAUCUGUAUGACUGUAUUUAUCUCCCUUCAUUGUCUGUAAAUAUACAAUUUAUCCUGGUGCCUCUUGUUUGUAGAUUGGAGGUGGGAUAAACAAAAGCCCCAUGGAGAAUACCUCAACAUCCUAACUGCUUUUCUGGACAAGAAAGACAGCUACUAUUCAAUUCAUCAGAUCGGUGAGAGUUUGUGUGUAAAAUUGCACCUGCGUGAAAUAAUGUUUGCAAUGUUUGUGUGUUAAAAACCCAAAACAGCAGAACUCAUGUGACAUAAGAAAAAUAGUGUCAGGCACUCAAAUUUAGAUAUUAAACUAGUGUGCACCUGACCUCUGGAUCUGCAGUGAGUAUAUAGCAAAAAUACAAAUCUGGUCCAGAACGCCUUCUUAUAAUGAGCAUCUUUUUAAUUGCUUCCAAUAACCGUCAAAUAAACAUUUUGGCCACUCCAUUGGCUUUUGUCAAGCCAAAUUCACAGGUGUCUUACCUGCUGGGGACUACCUUUUGGUCAUCCAUGGAUUAGCACAUCUUAAUAAAAUGGUUUAUAUUUGUUAUUACAGCCCAGAUGGGAGUUGGAGAAGGCAAAUACAUUGGACAGUGGUACGGGCCAAACACAGUGGCACAAGUACUCAGGUACAUGCAAUACGACUGUCAUCUCAAAUAAAAUCCCUACCUUCUACCUUUACGGUCACCAUUUAGUUCAUUGUGUUUAAUUUCAGUCAUAAUUUUGUGUUGCUUCUUUAGGAAGCUAGCUGCUUUUGACCAGUGGAGUUCCUUGGCCGUCCACAUAGCAAUGGAUAACACAGUGGUAAUUGAAGAGAUAAGUAAGUACUUGUUGGGAUCAGUCGAUACUUCUAUUUUGCAGAAUUCAGAUUAGCCUAGAGCAGGGGUAGGCAAACUUCUACAGUCCAGAUGUUCUAGUCUACAUCUACCUUGAUGCUUUGCCAGUUAUCAUUUAUACUGUGACUGUAUAUGUGUGUGUUUGUGUUUUUUUUUUUUUUUUUAUAUAAUAUAAAUUGAUUAUUGCUUAAUUCAACUUCUAUUCAAACAUUCUGUUGACUAUAUAUUUUUUGUACAAUAUCUACUUCUUAUACCCAGGGCCGGAUUAAGAGCACAGUGGGCCUGGUGCUGACAAUUAUGAUGGGCCUAAUUACGGAAUCUUAUCGACCAAAAACACUAAAACAAUCAUACCUCCCAAGCGUCAUGUAUCUGAUGGAGAUGAUGCUGGAGGGACACUCAUAGAAUGCAGCUAUAAGAAAACACAUACUCUAUGCUAAUCCCUCUCUAAUUUAUGAUUUCAUCUUUCAAGUAAAUCCAUAACCCCUAACAGCAGUGUCCAGUGAAGCAGGAAGUCAAUGGGCAGGGUAAAAGGGUGUGCCACUGGCGCGAAUCACGUGACAAGACCUGCCAAAAGGGGUGAACAUGCCCAAAAAGGGGAACGUUUGUCCAAAGAAUUGGAAGGUCAGCCUGGCAUGAAUGCAUGUCAGGCUGCCUGCCAAUCCUGCAGGUUGUCCAACUAAGGGCAUACUAUGCAGGCAGCACCUUGAGCUUGACAUAAAUGCGUCUAAUGAUGCGCUCACUCCAUUCUUUCAAAGGACUGUCCCCUAGCACACUCUGGUCCACUUGUCUCCUUACCUUCUUACUAGCAGGCAGAAGUUCCUGGUAUAUAGUCUGAGACAGAGAAAAGAUGUCUGUAGUGAGUGUAGAAGAAAGGGGACAUGCCACAGUGUUAGAGAGACCAACAUCUGCUUAUUGUAUUUGUUCUGGUAAGUAGAAUCAUUCCAUUCAGGCUUUUUGCAGUAACACUGUCUUUUCAGAGAAAAUAACUCCACUGGCUGCUCCUUAGAUGGCUGCUAGAGGUGCUUCCUGGGGCAGUACUGCCUAGUGUGCAGCACUGCCAUUCAGUGUCUCCACCCUCUGCAUGCAGACACAGAACUUUCCUCAUAGAGAUGCAUUGAUUCAAUGUAUCUUUAUGAGGAGAUGCUGAUUGGCCAGGGCUGUGUUGGACUUGUGCUGGCUCUGCCCCUGAUCUGCCUAGUUGAUAGUCUCAGCCAGUCCUAUGGGGAAGUAUUGUAAUUUGCUCAGACCACCACUUCUGAGCCAGCAGCUGCAGAAUUUAAUACAAGUAAUAUUUUACUAUAUUUAGGGAGGCAAGAAGGGGCCAGGGUGGUGGUUUAAACAUAAUAGGGUCAGAAAUACAGGAUUGUGUUCCUGACCCUAUAGUGCUCCUUUAAGCAAGAGUAUGUGAAGAGUAGUUAAAGUUGCCACCUUUCUUGGAAAAAAAUACCAGCCUUAAUAAUUUGUAUAAUAAAUUAGUUAUGCAUGACAUCACAUGAUGUAAAUCACAAGGAGUGACAUCAGAGAAAAUUCUAUAAAAUCACCAAACUACUCACAGUUUGAUUCUGCUGUAUAGAUGGAUUGCUCCCAGUGUCUCCCUGUCUCCCAGUGUCUCAGUCUCGCAAGUCACCCAGUGUCUCAGUGUCCCUAUGUAUCACAGUGUCAGUGUCCCCAUGUCCCCUAGUCUCCCAGUGUCUGUGUCCCCAUUUCUCCCAGUGUCCCAAUGUCUCAGUGUGUCCCCAUGUCACUAGGAUACUGGGGACACUGAGAGACCCGGGGACACUGAGACAUUUAGGGAAACUGGGAGAAAUGGGGACACUGAGACACUAGGGACACAGACACUAGGAGACAUGGGGACACUGAAACAUUUGGGGACACUAAGACACUAUGGACAAAGACAUGGGAACACAGACACUGGGAGACUAGGGGACGCUGGGAGACUAGGGGACACUGGCUGGGAGACAGACACUUGGGGACACUGGGAGACAUGGGGACAGUUGUGGACAUGUGGACACUGGGACAUAUAGGGACACUGGGAGACAUGGGGACACCAGGCACACAGACACUAGGAACACACUGGGAGACAUGGAGACACUGAAACAUUUGGGGACACUAAGACACUAGGGACACAGACACUGGGAGACUAGGGGACGCUGGGAGACUAGGGGAUACUGGGAGACUAGGGGACACUGGCUGGGAGUCAGACACUUGGGGAGACAUGGGGACAGUUGUGGACAUAGACAUGGGGACACUAGGCACACUGAGAGACAUGGGACACAGACACUGGGAGACUUGGGGACACUGAGACACUAGGGACAAUGGCUGGGGGACAUAGUGUCUUCAUGUCCCAAUGUCUCCCAAUGUCCCUAUGUCUCACAGCGUCCCCAUGUGUCUCAGCAUCCCCAUGUGUCUCAGUGUCCCUGAGUGUCUCAGUGUCCCCAGGUCUCCCAGUGUCUCAGUGUCCCCUAGUGACAGUGUCCCCUAGUGUCUGUGUCCCCUAGUGUCUGUGUUCCCAUAUGUCCCCAAGUGUCUCAGUGUCCCCAUGUUUUCCAGUGUCCCCAAGUGUCUCAGUGUUCCCAGGUCUCCCAGUGUCUGUGUCCUAGAGUCUCAGUGUCCCCUAGUGUAUGUGUCAUCAUGUGUCCCCUAGUGUCUGUGUCCCCUAGUGUCUAAGGGUCCCCAUGUGUCCCCUAGUGUCUCAGUGUCCCCUAGUGUCUCAGUGUCCCCAUGUGUCCCCUAGUGUCUCAGUGUCCCCAAUGUGUCCCCUAGUGUCUCAGUGUUCCCAUGUGUCCCUGCUGCCUUUCCCCCCAUCCCUCACUUACCUGACCUGUAGAGCUGCUGUCUGGACUCUCUGUGCUGUGUAGCUUCUCCCCCACGGGUCAGUGAGUAGUAGAGAGAGGCAGGGAUAUUCUGUAACUUCCUAUCCCUGCCUCUCUCCACACACAGUGACCCCUACUGGCCGGUGCUGGUAUUGCAGAGUAAUUUCCAUUUAUUCUGAGAAAAUUAGCUGCAUUUGUAUUGCUGGUAUUACUGCAAUACCGGCAGGGCCAGGCAGCCUCAAAUACCGUCUGUGCCAUUAAAAUACCAGUCAGGUGGCAAACCUAAGAGUAGAGUGUAAAAAAAAAAUUUACAAAAAAAUUUUUUUUUUUAAAUGGGCCUAUUCCAUGGGCCUGGGCCUGGAGCUGCAGCUCCAUCAGCCCCUAUGUUAAUCCGGCCCUGCUUAUACCCACUGCAUGCUUACUGUGUUAGAAGUUAUCAUAGCUCUCCUUGGGACUAUUAAAAAGUGUGGACUUUUACUAAAUGCUUGCUGUCUGCAGGGAGGUUGUGCAAAGCCAGAUGUGCAGAUAGUUGUGGGGCUGGCCUGCUGUGUAAUGGUCAUUCAGAGACAUCAGAUGUUUUGUGGAAACCUCUUGUACUACUUAUACCACUACGCUUGGGACUCAGUGAGAUCAAUGAAGCAUAUAUUGCAACAUUAAAGGUAUUUCUUUCUUUCUUCCUCCAUAAAUUUAAAACCAUUUAUGGGACUAAUUCAAAUGCUUUUUUUUUUUUUUUUUACAUUGCUUAUUUAUUUUAACAACCAAAGUGACUUGGGUCAGUGCAAAUAUGUAUACAGCUACAGGUGGAUAAAUAGAUCACUGCUCUUAUUUAAUGUACAUAAAGCCAGGUAAAUUGUGUUUGUAACGUUGGACUGUUGUAUUGUAAGUGCAUUAUAUCCUCAUUAACCCCUUAAGGACCAAACUUCUGGAAUAAAAGGGAAUCAUGACAUGUCACACAUGUCAUGUGUCCUUAAGGGUUUAAACUGUCGUGAUAUUGUUCUACCCGUGGUGUUUGUAGACUGAGAAAAUGCACUUUUAAAAUACAUUACAGUAAAUUUAAUGAUUUGAUUGAAACUAAUGGUGUAUGCAAUAUGAUGUCAAAUAUGACAGUUCAGUUUUAUUCUGUACAUUUUUUACAUUUGUUAGCCUUAUAAUACACCUGAUACACAUAGUAACAGAUGUAAUCUAUCUUUGUCAAGAGAAGAAUAGCCACACUUGGUUUCAGUGAGUGACUGGACCCUUGCUUUCUCUGUGUACAAAAAAAUAAUUAUUAUUCUGGGACAGAAUCCAUAGGGUGCUAAUUGCACAGCACAGGGCCCAGAUAUAAGGAUCACUUUUUUACUAUAACUGCUAUUUCGGACAUUUGCAAGCUGCUCCGGUAUAACUAUUUGCAAAUUAAAACUGGUGUUUUUAUGAGUUUUCUUUAUAUUAUGUAAUGUAAUAUAAUCAUCCCCGUUUAAAGUGAUAUUUUGAACAGAGACCUGUUUUAAAAACCUGAAUGCAAUUGCUGUAAUGGCUAUACAGCUGUAUUAACUAUACAUAUAACAAUUGUUUUUCAAGAAAGUCAUACUGAGAUGGACCCUUUUCCUCAUUUCUAAACAUUCUUCACCCAUUUAAAAAAAAAUAGUGCUAUUGGAGUCUGAGAGGUCAGGUUUUAUUUGCAAAUUGACACAUUAAGGCUCCUCACAAAUAUUCCUGCUAGAAUAACUAAUCUUCAUUUCCAGUGAGUUGUUAUGGUUUUCCUGAUUGUAAGUAAACCAAGUAGAUUAACACGGUUGAUUGGGUUACGGAGUCUGACCUUGGAGCUGAACAGACGUGAGUGGCACAAGCUCCUGCCGAGCGGGCGGAAAUUGGGGUAAAAUCGGCGGCUAUAAAGCCCACAGCCUUACAGGGGUGCACUACCCACACUGGGAGUGCACCAUCAAAUCAUUUGAUGCCUCAUAGAAGCCCGUCGGAGCCAGGGAACCGGGAAACCACGUGCGGCCUUCUGGGGAUGGAGCUGGGGGGAGGCGGCCGCUCUCCUAGUGCCGGACCCAACAAACAACACUGAUAGUCUCCUAACUCCCCCCUUCGGACCGGUGGGGAUUAUCCCAGUCCCCACUGGAGGCCCUGCUCCCACCCUACCAAACACCGUGCACAGCAGACACGAGGUGGCGCCCAGACCACACAAGAUGGUGGAGGCCCCUUCACAGACCUCGCCAACCCUCAGCCAGACAAAUGAGACACGCUUCGACUCCUUAGACUCCAGGCAGGAGGCGAUAUUCCAGGCAUUCUGGGACAAGCUGCAAGCGCGUUUCAGUAUCAACCGAUCCGCACAGGGGACAGAGAAAGGCUCACAGGGGACGGCGGUAAGGCUUCCCACUGUCAGAGCACCUACCCAAGCGACUCACUACGCAACCCACCGUCUGCCUAGGCCGAAAGCCACCAGAGGCAUGACCUCAAGACUUCAACCACACAGGGGGAAGAUCAAACGCUGCUGGCGGCAGACAUCAUCUAGACCUUCCACCUGCCCCUUGGGGGGCAUGGACUUGGCCACACAAAGGUACCGAGCCCGUGGACGAAAAACGUUGGCUUUUACAAAGGCCAGAGGAACUUGCUUGUUUGUCGCCCUCCUGCGUGCCAUGACCAGCACGCGGACCGCCUACGCCUCCCGAUUACAGGAGUGGGCUAAACAUGAACUUGCUCACCAUUGCAGGGGCUGGGGCUCAGUACUCAGGACUCCAUGACAUCCACAGAAGCCACCUAUCUUGAUUUAACUGAGGACCGGUGGGUCAUGAAGCUCUCAUACUGAACUGACCUACUGGUUGUGACCCGCCAGCAGCCGCCAUAACCAUACGACUUGCAGUAGUUUAACAAACGCAGAAACUGAUACCAGUGGCUAAUUAGUCCUAGCCUAAAUAUUAUGUACUCAACCAUGUUGUUUAGCUUGUCAUGUAGACUACCUUAUGCGGAGGUCAGGCUACAUACGUUUUCACUCCACAAUUUACCAUUUACAUCCACCGCAUAACACGCCAUGACCAGCACACCUAGCACAUCAUGUUUGUCGGGUUUACUAUACGCUGAAGCCUCAAUAGCGCAUGGGUACGUGGGGACUCAGUGGCUUAAAUAUUUUGUAUGUUUUCAGUUACUCCUGAACGGCACAGUUCCUAGUUUACCUAGGUUUAUGCAUACAUGCCCAACUAGUCAAACCUAACUUCAGCUCUGGCGAACAUUAGACUUGCACACCCAGGACUGUUAUGACAGUCCUGUUUUGUACCUAAGAGCUAUGCACACCAGAAUAGCAUGCAAUUCUAGCACAAUUUAUUUUAUACUAAUUUGUUACCUUGCCUGAUACCUCUAACCUAUUGUGCUGAACUAGCAAAAUGCCAUAUAACGCAAAACUCUUGAAUAUAUAUACCUUGUUAAACAGAGUGUGUUAUUAAUCUUGUGAGUAGAAUACUGUUUACCAUAUAUGCUAUUUAAGGCUUGACUACUCUUAUUAACAUUAACUAAACUGUAUAUACCUGUUUAACCUGCACAGUAAUACAUUGUUGCAACAUAUAUAAAAUAGGCUGAUAUAUGCGGGAGUUCCAGCAUCGAUAUUGCUCUCUCCAUGUUAUGCAUGCCAUAUGUUCUAUGUGCACUAACUCUUUGCUUUAUUUUCUGUAUUGUUUUAUCAUAUGCCUCAAUAAUAACAAAUAUUGACAACAACAAAAAAUGGUUCAUUUACUAAAGUAGGAAUUGUGGAGAAUGUUCAAGGGGAUUGUAAAUGUAAUUUUGGCUAAAUUUGCAAUUUCCUUGUUGGUUCACCACAGUGCCCCAUUUAUUAAAAAUCCCUGAUGGCCUACUUGUGCUUGAAGGAUUAUAGGUGAAAUAUUUUUGAUAUUACUAUGAUGUAGGCAAGUUUGUCAGACCAAACAAACAAAAAGUUCUAUUUACCUUUCAGUUAAAUGGGGUUAAAUUUCAUUUACCAAUAGCUGACUUGCGUCCAUAUUUUUUGCUUCCAUCAUUAAAUGGUCAUGCAGGAAAUUUCAGAAGCGCUUGUAACACCUAUACACUUGUGUGUGUGUGUGUGUGUGUGUGUGUAUAUAUAUAUAUAUUUUCUUGUCUCUCUUUCACAGCACUGCUUCAUGGUACCCCAAUCGUUAGGAGUUAUUGGUGGACGGCCCAAUAGUGCUCAUUAUUUCAUAGGCUAUGUAGGUAGGUAUUUGUUUAGAUGAACUAGCUCCACACACUAUGUCCGUGUUUCUCUGUGCAGCAUGUGAAAAAUUUGUGAUUUCAUUUAAAUGUUAAAAGAUGGGUAAUUAAAGGGAUUGUUGUAAGAGUCUGAGAAACACAAUUGGCAUGUUUGUCAUUGAAGACGUAAGGAUUUAGUGUGAUAUAUAUAGUGAUAUAGUGUAAAAGGAGAGUAUAGUGUUUUGGCAAAUUGGAUGAAAUUGAUUAAAUAUAUAUUACCAUUCACCAUUCAGGUAGAAGUUUAAAUAUCUAGGCAACUCUAAAGGGAGCUGGUCCCUUUCAUGAAAAAACACAUUUUGCAGUGCUCCCCUCAUCUUGCCUUCUAUAAUGAAUAUUCUAUUCUAGAGAAUUAGAAAAAAGUGACGAUCUACAGCACAUAUAAAAUAUGUAUCUAAUCUUAUGGUUUUUUUCAUUGUUGUUUUUUAUACUUUCAAAUGUCACAAAAAAUAAAUGCCGAGUAGAUUUCUAAUGCACAGCUGCAAAUAGUCUGUUUCUGUCAGUACUUUACUCUGCAUGUUUAAUGCGUUAACAUUCUGGUUUUUUUUUUUCUCCCUGUAUGCAUCUUUGUGUGCUUGUCUCCACAGCCAUUAUUUGUUUUGUCCCACUGUCCCUAGACUUUGUUUCAGGUAGUGAGAUGUACGAUGUGCACGAUCAUCAAAAUGAUGUAAACUAACAUUUUACGUUCAAUUAGUGAUUUACCUUGGCAAUAUGGAAUCAGUGCCAUUAUGGUUUUGGAUAAAUCUUAAUGAAAAGACUGGUUUAUAAAUGUCUCCGGAACCCAUGACUAGUAUUCUUUUCCUACAAUACAUGCUUCAUCGUUUUCCACAUUGCUGAGUGUUUACAUCAUUCCAUUUUUCCUACAGGGGAGGAAUUGAUCUAUUUGGACCCCCAUACUACCCAGCCUGCAGUAGAUCCUAGUGAUUCCAGUUUUGUAGCAGAUGAAAGCUUCCAUUGCCAGCACCCGCCUUGCCGAAUGCAUGUGUCUGAGAUUGAUCCCUCAAUUGCUGUGGUCAGUGUCAUUUAUAGCCCUGCCAAAAGAUAGCCAUUCCUCAAUUUGUAUUAAAUACCAUCUUAUUUAUUUUAGGGCUUUUUCUGCAAGACUGAAGAAGAUUUUGAAGACUGGUGUAAGAAUAUUAAAAAGGUGGGUAUAUACGCCAAGGGUCUGUCAAAGAUAAAGAGUCAACUUGACAAGUCUUUAGUGGGAAAAACUUGCUGGUAUCAUUCGUAACCUUGGAUCCAGGGCGAUCAGUAACUGAGCAGGGAAACUUCCCAGCUUGUUGACAUUCAGCUGCUUAAAGGCCUUUCUGAUGCAGUCUGUGGGAAGGCUUUGAUUAGGGAAGUAAUGGAUACGUUCAAUAACUAGUGAGCAUCCCACUGGCAACGAUUUGCUAAAAUGUUUAAAUAUUCAUUUUUUUCUUCUUCUAGCUUUGCCUAACACUGGUUUUAUCAAUGCUAUAUUGUACUUAGAGCAUUUAGGGCAAAAGUAAUUAAUUGCUCUGGUUUUGAAAUUGCCUGACAUGUUUUACACGCAUGCUUGAUAAGAUCUGUAUUAAACCAUUAUAGCCAGUGUGAAUGUUUAUUAUAUUCCUCCUAACUCAGUUCUCAAAGUAUAUUUUAGAGUUAGUAACCAGUUCAGGAAUUUUCCCCAGAGGGUGACACAGUGGAUACAACACUACAGAUUGUAUGUGUUCAGUUUUUAUAUGUUUGUUUGUAUAGCUCAACCCCCUGGGUUUUUAUAUAAAGAAUAAUUAUAGGCCAAAGUUUGGAGCAAUCACCAUGGAAACCAAUUGAAUGUCCCAGAUGAUUGCUUUACUAUUAGAAAUAUGCCUUAGAAUUAGUCUUUUUAUAUAUAAACUUCAGUUAUGUAUGCAAAAAUUCUACAAGCACAGCAACAAUGACGUUAAUGGUUGCCACACUCUGUCCCAUUUUUUAAAUGUUACCUUACUAAGCCAUAUCAUUGUUACUAAUUAUAUGACAUACAAAAAGAAUUGGGAGAAAUAUACAUUAAAUACUUAAAUGAUUAAGUAUGCAUUCUCUGUAUCUAUUUUCUAUUCCUUCUUGUUCACAAAGCUUUG